GCUUGCUCUUUUAAUCUAUUUUGUAAUUUAGGUAAUCUGAUUAUCGAAAAGCACUUAUAAAUACAGAUAUACAUUUGCGUAUAAAAUCUAAUAAAGAGAAAAUGAAAUUUUGUUAAGAGCGAAUCAAACCAAUAUUCAAGCCCUCGGACAAAGGAAUACGAAUGAAAACCUAGGAAAGUAGAGGCAGGGCAAUAUGAAAACUAAAAAUAUAUCGUCAAGGGAAAUAGCCCUCAGCUGACAGUAAUGAGAAAUACAAGUUGGGACAACCUUUUGUUACGUUCCAGCUCAGGCAGCUCUGGUAUCUCUCUGCUCUGUGUUGAGCAACAUUUUCAAAUAUGUGCAGUCAAAUUUAAAACUAGAGAAAAAACAAAUAUUCUUUUAAACUGUUAGAGCUCCAAGGGGGGGUGUGGAAGUAUUUAUAGAGAAACUCCGUUCAGUUCUUGACGUUUUAUAUAGGCCUUGUGUUAAUUUUAUUGUAUGUUGAGGCUUUAAUUUAGAUGUUUACAAAAACUGUCAUUUUAAUACAUUAGCUCAGUUGAUGUCGAGGUACAACUGUAAACAAAUUGUACAUUGGCCUACAUGGGUGACCAGUAAUAGAUACUUCUACAAUGAUUGAUCAUAUUUACAUUAACUUUGACAAAAAAGGUUUGUGUACUGUCUUAAGAUAAUCAAAUAUCGGACCACAGAAGCAUUUAUUUGGAAUUGGAUAUCUUCUCUAAUCAGAGCCAUAAUGCAAAAAACAAUAACUCGAAGAUGCUUCAAUGAGGCAAAUUUUAUCAAAUUACGGGAUGAUCUGAUAGCUGGGGAUUGGUCAAAUCUGUAUACAUUCACUAAUUUUGAAAACGCAUUCUGUUACUUCUAUGAUACAUUUUUACAUCACUUCAACACAAAUGUUCCUAAACACAGUUGCCAUAAACAUAAUAAAGACAAAUCACGGGUAAAUAGAAGUGUACAAAAUUUGACAGACCUUUACCUUCUCAAAAAUAUAUUUCCCAGCCUAUUGCCAUAUUAUUUAAACGCCAGACGUAAACACCUUAACCUAAUUUCCACUGUAAAAAAAGAUUAUUACCAAGGAAAAAUGUUUUAUUUGGUCAAUAGAACUCGUGGCUUAUAGAAUGUGGUAUCUGAAUUAACAAAUAAAUAAAAGAAAAAUGAUAUCUCGCUAAAACUGGAUGGGGAAAAAAUCUGUGAAUCUAGUGCAAUUGUAUCCGAGUUCAACAAAUUUUUUAUUGAAUCUGCAGGACAACUUGCUAAUCACGCCAAAUCUGCUAAAUCAUUGAGGAGUCACACCGGCAGUCAGCCGACAUACCAAUACACAUACGAUGUUCCUAUUUCCAUUUAGCGAGAACGAACUAAUGGAUUUACUGAAUACUAAAUUAAAGGAUAAAAAAACAGCAGAGUUUGAUGAAAUUCCCCCAUUUGUGUUAAAACAUGUUAUUCAUUUAAUAUCAAUACCGCUAACGUAUUUAGUUAACAUGUCUUUUACACAAGGUGUAUUCCCAAAAAAGCUAAAAACAGGUAUUCAAAAAAGGCGAUCCCCAUGCAAUAGAAAACUAUAGACCAGCAGCAUUCCCUGAAACCUUCUCAAAAUUAUUCGAAUACGCAUUUCUGGACAGAUUUAAUAAUUUUCUUAACAAAUGUAAGAUCAUCAGCAUCGUUUUAGCUUAGGAAAAUCUACCAUCACAGCGCUAAAUGAAUAUUACAUUAACACCCUGGAAAGUAUUGAGAUGGUCGAAUGCCCUGUGACUGUAUUUAUUGACAUGAGCAGGGCAUUUGAUUGGGUCAAUCAUUCAAUAUUAUUAUCUAUCAGAAGAAUACGGCAUAAGAGGCAAACCGCUGAAACGGAUUGGAUCUUUUCUUUCUGAAUGACAGCAACAUGUUUCUAUCCAACAUCUUGGAACAAAGUCGGUUGAUGGAAAUCGAUUUCAAUGUAAUAGAGGAAAGUGGAAACUAUAAGCACUGGAAAUACACUGUUGAAUACUCGGAAAAGCUUUCUCAUUGGCCCCACUUACCAAACUAUGCUUUAGCUCAUUUUGAUGUGAAAGCUCCAACAAAAGACAUGUUCUAUAUUUAUUCAACACAUCGAACAUGCUUAUUUUUUGGAUUAUAUUGUCUAUACACGGAAAGCGAGUUCAAAUUUGGACCAGGAAACUUAACAAAAGGUGCUACAUGUGAAGAAUAUAUUAGAUACCAGUGUCCAACUUUACUGUCAUCGUUUUGCAGACAUGAGGUGAUGUAUCAAAGAAGAGCAAUAAUGGAUAAUUUGAAAAAGAAAUUUGAAAAUAACGUUUGAAUUUACUUCAGGAAUCUAUAAAGAAAAAUGUAUUUCUCCAUAUAUUUUUGUGAGACACUCUUGUUGGUGUCCCUUACUUUUAGCAUUUGUAUAGUUUUUAUAUAGUGUUAAUAAAAUUUAAUUGAUAUACG